AGUUUUAUACUUAUAUAUACUGUAUCGUGCACGUUCUUAUCUAUUAUCUUACUUGAGAUCUUUCCUGUACGACGUUCUUAUCUAAUAACUUAUUUAAAAUUCAAUAAGAAAUCAAGAUAAUAAAUACUAUUUUGUAUUAUCUUUGUCAUGAAUUAAUAAAAUAAUAUUUCUAUUACUUAAUUGACAAUUCAUUAUUGUAAACAAAAAGAAAUAUAAAACAUGGAAAGUUUCCCACCGCAGAAAUAUGUCAAUAAAGUAGAAACUUUUGAUACGUGUAUGAUUGAAGCUACAAAUCAGCAAGAAAUCAAUCAAUCAGUUGGUGCACAAAUUCCUAUGCAAACUGUACAAGUAAAAAAUCAAGAUAAUCAUGAAUCAUCAACACUGCAUCAACAACAACAACAACAACAACAACAGCAGCAACAACAAUUGCAACAGGAUCAAAAUCAAAUCACGCAAAUUCAAUCAAAUAUUCAGCAAAACAUGACACUUACUCCAAUUCGCUUACCUGCUAUUCUAGAUGGUGAAUUCUUUACAGUGAUUAGAGUAGAAGAUACUAAUGUCACGGUUAGAUGUUUACAGUGUCAAAAAUUACUUAAUGGAAAUUUGAAAUCCACUGGAAACUUUUUAAGUCAUAUAAAAAGACUCCAUCCAUUCAUGAUAGAAAAAAUCAAAUGUAAAUCUAACCAAAGGAAACCAGCAAUGGUAUAUAUUGAUUUAUCCUCUGAUAAAUAUGCAGAAAUCAUAAGAACAAAAAGAAGAUACAGAAAAUACUAUAAACCAGAGGAAUGUCAACCUGGUAAUGAAGAAUUGUAUGAACAAUCACCAGAGUGGACUGAUCAAUCUCCGGUUAUUCGAAGACGAAAAUCAGAAGAACCUGAAUCUAACGAUUUUUUGAAAAUACCACAUAAUAAUUCAAUUGUUAUGGAAGAUGAAUUUGAUGCAAUUGGUCGAAAUGUAGCAGCAAAACUUAGAAAUAUGCGUUUAGACCAAAGAAUAAUAGCUGAAAAGUUAUUAAGUGAUAUUUUGUUUGAAGCUCAACUUGGUAAUCUUCACAGAGAUUCUAACAUACACGUAUAUCAUACUGAUUGUGAGAUCUUUCCACAAUUGCUCUAUUGCAAUAUUUUUAAGCAUAAAAACUUAAAUGUUUAUUUAAUAUUUAGAUUUUUUAUUAAAACUACUAGCCAGAAUAAUUCUGUUUUUAUCAAUUGUCAACUGCUAUAUACUCUUCGUUUCUUUGAAUCUGGACGAGGAGGUGCUGGUGCAUCUGGUACAGGUAAUGGUACAACUGUAGUAAUUCCUCUGAGAGAAAAUAUAACAAAAAUUAUUGACUCACUAAAAAUGACUAGUAAACAAACAACUAUCUCUUUUCCGAUUCGAAAAAAGUGUUCUUUUUAUGGUACCAAACGAAAUGACAUAAAAGAAGAUUUUUCUAACGCGACUGUGAGGUGUACUCCUACAAAAUAUAUACCAACAGUUAAGAAGAUAGUCACAUUAAGUAGCAGUGAAUCUGAAUCUGAUUCGGACUCUGAGAAUGUUAAAACGAAUAAGGUGAAUUCUAAAGAAAAUAGAAGUAAUGAUGGUGUUAAAACUCCAAGACGUGUACGGAAAUGCGAUGAUUCUGAAGAUGAUCAUAGUUCUACACCACCAAAGCAGAAAAAAUCUGAAAAAUCUGUAGCACUUUCUUUAACUCCAUCAACUCUAUUAGAUAAACUUGAUUUAUCAUCAGAUGAAAAAAAAGAGAAAUUUGUUCCAAAGAAAUUAUUUGGAUCAAAUAAAUAUCGUAAUGCUCGUAAAGCCUUACAUAGUUCUGUUUCCGAGAAUUUGCCUGGAAGAGAAACAGAAAUAACUAAAUUACAAGAAUUUAUUCGAGAGCAGUUGAAGAAUGAAUCUUCUGCAUCACUUUAUGUUUCUGGACCUCCAGGUACUGGAAAAACGGCGUGUCUUUUUAAAAUUAUCCAGCAACCAGAAUUUAAUUCAAAAUUCAAGGUUGUUUAUAUAAAUUGUACCACAAUGAAAUCAGCUGCUACUAUUUAUUCAAAAAUUAUGCAAGAAUUAGAUAUACCUGUACCAAAGUCUACUAGAAAUAGUAAAGCAAUAAUUGAGAAAUAUUUAAUGUCCAAUCACAAAAUGUUACUCUUAAUUCUUGAUGAAAUAGAUCAAUUGGAAAGCAAAAAUCAAUCUAUUUUGUAUUCCAUAUUUGAAUGGCCAUCAAAACCUAAUACAAAACUUAUUUUAAUUGGCAUUGCUAAUGCUUUGGAUUUGACAGAUAGAAUUUUACCACGUUUACAAGUAAGAUGCGAAUUAAAGCCACAGCUGAUGAAUUUUCCUCCAUAUACGAAGCAACAAAUAUUUAAUAUUGUAUCUACAAGGCUCAGUGAAGCAAAUGUUUCUGAUGUAUUAACUGGGCCAACAUUACAAUUAUUAGCUGGAAAGGUUGCUGCCAUUUCAGGAGAUAUUAGAAGAGCAUUGGAUAUUAGUAGAAGAGUUAUUGAGCGUGCAGAAUCAAAUUGGACAGCGCAAAUUUUACAACCUAUGAAUAACACAGGUAGUCCAAGGAAAGAUCAACCUUUGAGUGAGAAGUCAGUUGAUCUAAAAGAUGUAGUAACAGUAUUAAAUGGAGUUUAUGGUGGUACUCAAAACAUUGAUAAAGAAGAAAGUACACUUCCAUUACAGCAAAAAUUAUUAUUAUGUUCCUUUAUACUUAUUUUAAAUAAGGGACGAAAUAAAGAUGUUACCAUUGGAAGGUUGCACGAAAUUUAUAAAAAAGUAUGCAAGAAACGGAACAUCCAUGCUAUAGAUAUUUCUGAAUUUGUAUGUUUAUGUACAUUAAUAGAAACUAGGGGAAUCUUGAAAAUAAUAAAGAAAAAAGAGGCUCGUUUAUCAAAAUUAAGUUUACAAUGGGAUCAAGAAGAAAUUGGUGCAGCUUUACAAGACAGAAAUAUGAUGGCUGAAAUAAUCAAUGAUGUGUCUUGCUUGUAAUAAUUUUAUUUAUUUUCAUAUCUUUAUUAGAGAAAUUGGAUUAGUUAAAUGUUUUUUUACAAUUGUAAUGUAUAUAAAAAAAUUUUAAGCGUU